AUGCCCCUGGCCCCUGGCUCAUAUGCCCCUGUCCCCCUGGCCCAUAUGCCCCUGGCCCCUGGCUCAUAUGGUCCUGUCCCCCUGGCGCAUAUGCCCCUGGCCCCUGGCUCAUAUGCCCCUGGCCCCUGGCUCAUAUGCCCCUGGCCCCUGGCUCAUAUGCCCCUGGCCCCUGGCUCAUAUGCCCCUGGCCCAUAUGGUCCUGUCCCCCUGGCUCAUAUGCCCCUGGCCCCUGGCCCAUAUGGUCCUGUCCCCCUGGCCCAUAUGCCCCUGGCCCCUGGCCCAUAUGGUCCUGUCCCCCUGGCUCAUAUGCCCCUGGCCCCUGGCUCAUAUGCCCCUGUCCCCCUGGCUCAUAUGCCCCUGGCCCCUGGCUCAUAUGCCCCUGUCCCCCUGGCUCAUAUGGCCCUGUCCCCCUGGCUCAUAUGCCCCUGGCGCAUAUGCCCCUGGCCCCUGGCUCAUAUGUCCCUGGCCCCUGGCUCAUAUGGUCCUGUCCCCCUGGCUCAUAUGCACCUGGCCCCUGGCUCAUAUGGUCCUGUCCCCCUGGCCCAUAUGGUCCUGGCCCCUGGCUUAUAUGCCCCUGGCCCCUGGCCCAUAUGGUCAUGUCCCCCUGGCUCAUAUGCCCCUGGCCCCUGGCUCAUAUGGUCCUGUCCCCCUGGCUCAUAUGCCCCUGGCCCCUGGCUCAUAUGCCCCUGUCCCCUGGCUCAUAUGCCCCUGGUCCCUGGCCCAUAUGGUCCUGUCCCCCUGGCUCAUAUGCCCCUGGUCCCUGGCCCAUAUGGUCCUGUCCCCCUGGCUCAUAUGCCCCUGGCCCCUGGCCCAUAUGGUCCUGUCCCCCUGGCUCAUAUGCCCCUGGCCCCUGGCUCAUAUGGUCCUGUCCCCCUGGCUCAUAUUCCCCUGGCCCCUGGCCCAUAUGGUCCUGUCCCCCUGGCUCAUAUGCCCCUGGCCCCUGGCUCAUAUGGCCCUGUCCCCCUGGCUCAUAUGCCCCUGGCCCCUGGCUCAUAUGCCCCUGGCCCCUGGCUCAUAUGCCCCUGUCCCCCUGGCCCAUAUGCCCCUGGCCCCUGGCUCAUAUGGUCCUGGCCCCUGGCUCAUUGGCCCCUGGCUCAUAUGCCCCUGUCCCCUGGCCCAUAUGCCCCUGGCCCCUGGCUCAUAUGGUCCUGGCCCCUGGCUCAUUGGCCCCUGGCUCAUAUGCCCCUGGCCCCUGGCUCAUAUGAUUGCUCCAAAUCCAGCACUUCUAAGGGAUCCCCCUCCAGCUCCUCUUCUGGCCCCAGCUCUAACCUCAACCUGCCGCAGUCCUUUGGCAGUGCUAUGGGCUUCUCUCUCUCUGAAACGCUCCCUUCCACCCCUGCCGGACUCGCCGGCCUCCCCAGCCUCGCCCAGAACUCCUCUGCUUCGAACCCCGCUGGCCCCCUCCUCUCCCCCCAGGACAGUAUCACCCAUAUGGCUCCCAGCUCCGACCCCAACAGGUGCUGGCCCAUCCGGCCCACCCUGAGGAAUGAGCUGGACACCUUCUCCGUCCACUUCUACAUCUUUUUUGGUCCGAACAUCUCUGUUCCUCCGGACAGGGCUGCUGUGUUCUCCAUUAACCUCAUGCCUGUCCUGGACACCAUCACAGUGUUCCAACCUAAAGCCAUCACAGUGUUCCAACCUAAAGCCAUCACCGUGUUCCAACCUAAAGCCAUCACAGUGUUCCAACCUAAAGCCAUCACCGUGUUCCAACCUAAAGCCAUCACAGUGUUCCAACCUAAAGCCAUCACAGUGUUCCAACCUAAAGCCAUCACAGUGUUCCAACCUAAAGCCAUCACAGUGUUCCAACCUAAAGCCAUCACCGUGUUCCAACCUAAAGCCAUCACAGUGUUCCAACCUAAAGCCAUCACAGUGUUCCAACCUAAAGCCAUCACAGUGUUCCAACCUAAAGCCAUCACCGUGUUCCAACCUAAAGCCAUCACAGUGUUCCAACCUAAAGCCAUCACAGUGUUCCAACCUAAAGCCAUCACAGUGUUCCAACCUAAAGCCAUCACAGUGUUCCAACCUAAAGCCAUCACAGUGUUCCAACCUAAAGCCAUCACCGUGUUCCAACCUAAAGCCAUCACCGUGUUCCAACCUAAAGCCAUCACAGUGUUCCAACCUAAAGCCAUCACAGUGUUCCAACCUAAAGCCAUCACAGUGUUCCAACCUAAAGCCAUCACAGUGUUCCAACCUAAAGCCAUCACAGUGUUCCAACGUAAAGCCAUCACAGUGUUCCAACCUAAAGCCAUCACAGUGUUCCAACCUAAAGCCAUCACAGUGUUCCAACCUAAAGCCAUCACCGUGUUCCAACCUAAAGCCAUCACA